AACGCAAGCUUGAGGUCGAGUUGGGGAGACAGCGUGGGAAGGAACGGGGAGCCGCGUGUUCUAGGGGGUUGAAGGGCUGGGGAGGAACAACAUUCUGACCCGGUUGCGAGCUAACACGCCCUUCCCCCGCCCGCCGAAAAGAAAGGAAAAACAAGGUGCGGAAGGCUGUUGGCAAACUGGAGAGUGAGGAGGGCGGGCGAGGAAGGGAGGAUUCUGUCCAAGCCAAUGGGUGACGCCAGGGCGGGUGACGUCACGGCCAAUGGGCAGGCAGCGCGGGACUUUCAAGUCUUGUCUCGCCCAAUCGGAGACAGUCGGUGCCUAUAAAAAGUGGGGCGGCGGGCGGAGGGGGCGUUAGUGUGGCUGCGGCGGCGCGGUUGAGGUGGUGAUUUGGUUGGUAUGGCUCGCACGAAGCAGACGGCCCGCAAGUCGACGGGUGGCAAGGCCCCGCGCAAGCAGCUGGCCACCAAGGCGGCCCGCAAGAGCGCGCCGGCCACGGGCGGCGUGAAGAAGCCGCACCGCUACCGGCCGGGCACCGUGGCCCUGCGGGAGAUCCGGCGCUACCAGAAGUCCACCGAACUGCUGAUCCGCAAGCUGCCGUUCCAGCGGCUGGUGCGCGAGAUCGCGCAGGACUUCAAGACCGACCUGCGCUUCCAGAGCUCGGCGGUCAUGGCGCUACAGGAGGCGAGCGAGGCCUACCUGGUGGGGCUGUUCGAGGACACGAACCUGUGCGCCAUCCACGCCAAGCGCGUCACCAUCAUGCCCAAGGACAUCCAGCUGGCGCGCCGCAUCCGCGGGGAGCGGAACGUCAUGGCUCGCACGAAGCAGACGGCGCGCAAGUCGACCGGUGGCAAGGCCCCGCGCAAGCAGCUGGCCACCAAGGCGGCCCGCAAGAGCGCGCCGGCCACGGGCGGCGUGAAGAAGCCGCACCGCUACCGGCCGGGCACCGUGGCCCUGCGGGAGAUCCGGCGCUACCAGAAGUCCACCGAACUGCUGAUCCGCAAGCUGCCGUUCCAGCGGCUGGUGCGCGAGAUCGCGCAGGACUUCAAGACCGACCUGCGCUUCCAGAGCUCGGCGGUCAUGGCGCUGCAGGAGGCGAGCGAGGCCUACCUGGUGGGGCUGUUCGAGGACACGAACCUGUGCGCCAUCCACGCCAAGCGCGUCACCAUCAUGCCCAAGGACAUCCAGCUGGCGCGCCGCAUCCGCGGGGAGCGGGCUUGAAUGAGCGCUCGGCUUGAGGUUCCAUCCUAUUCAAAGGCUCUUUUCAGAGCCACCCAAG